AGGUGCGCUUAUGUUUCGAAGCAUUCAAAGUAGAGGACGAUGACAUCACAUACACGCGUAUAGCAGCUCCAGUCUACACGAACCCCAUUAAUAAUCGCAAAUCGGCCCAAACUGGUGAACUUCGCAUUUGUCGUCUGAGUAUUGUUACAGGUAGUGUGUCGGGAGGUGAUGAUCUCAUUCUUUUAGUAGAAAAAGUAAGCAAGAAAAAUAUUAAAGUACGAUUCUACGAAACCAACGAAGAUGAUGAGAUUGUUUGGGAAGCCUAUGGAAAAUUCCGUGAAUCCGAUGUACAUCAUCAGUAUGCGAUUGUUUGCCAAACACCGCCAUAUAAAGAUAAAGAAGUAGAUAGACCUGUGGAUGUUUAUGUAGAACUGGUGCGACCUUCUGACGACGAACGUAGUUAUCCACCGGCAACAUUCCGAUACAAGCCACGCGAUAUCGUUGUGUCACGUAAACGUCGUCGAACCUGCUCGAGUGCCACUAGUAGCUCGGGAUCAGCAAGUUCCCUAAGUUCGUUCGAAUUACCAAAGCCAGUGCAAGAACAAACAGCUAACAUAAAAAUGGAAGUAUCACAGACUCAAAUGCAAUAUACAGACAUGGGCAGUUCUCACUAUAUGAAUCAGCCAACCAUAAGUGAGGAAUAUGAUAAAAACUUCCAAAUCAGCAAAUUGAUAGGUAGCGAUAUAUUCAAGGAGUGUAUGCAUAUGAACUCAGAAGAGUUGGCCAAGAUUUGUCCCACAGAUUCGACGGACGCUAUAGAUAGUUUAUAUUCUGAACUUUCUUCAACUGGUACACUUGUCGAGGAUGGUACAUCCUCAACAUCUCUGACAAAUCGACAACUUUCCAGUGAUAUGCGCAAGAUUUAUGUGAAGUCUAUAUUAGGCACACAAGUGGAUGUCCAUACAAAUAGUAAUUUGGAGCGAAUUUUUAAAAUAUUUGAUGGAAUUCGAACCACCAAGAAUUUAGAUCAAGAUACGUUUGCCAAGGCUGCUAAAAUGGUUGAUGAAAUAUUUAUUGAACAUGCUGAAAGGAAUGAAUUGCGGGAGAGUAUUCUACAUGAGAUCAUAGUCAGCGAUAAUCCAAAACUCGUAAUGAAAACCUGCCACAUAUUGGAUUAUUUCAAACUAAAAUACCUAUUCAGCAAAGUGCUAAAUGCGCGCAAUGAGAGUGCUUUACAUACAGCAUGCCUAUACAAUCGUGAAAAAUACAUUCGUCCCCUAUUAGGGCUCGGCUGUGACCCAAAUAUUCAAAACACCUAUGGCGAUACAGCCCUGCACAUAGCUGUGAAAGAACACCACCAAAAAUGCAUUGAAAGUUUUCUCAACAGUGAUAUACAACCCGAUUUGACAAUUAAGAACGAUGAAGGUUUCACUCCUCUUCAUUUAGCAAUUCGCCAAAACAACUAUGAUGUUGCUAAGAAGUUAUUGCAACACGAUCGUAGUGCGGCGCUUGUUCCCAACGCAAAGGAGUGCAACAAUGGUUUACAUAUGGCGGUAUUGCAAUCAAAUUUUGAACUUGUCAAAUUAAUAUUGGAUACUACACAAAAUGUAUCGGAAUUAAUACGGGCAUCAAAUGCGGCAGGACGAACUGCCGGCGAUUUAGCCAGCGAGCUGGACUCUAAGAUGGGAAGCCAAAUUAUCACAUGGUUUGCUUCACUUGGUUACAAUGUAGAUUAUGAUAAUCGUUUGGUCAUAAAAGAAGAAGAGAUGUCUUCAUCUUCAAAUGAAGAUGAUGAAGAUGCUGAAAGUACGAUCACUGUAACCAAUAUAUCUGACGAAAUUAAGGAUAUUGGAAAAUUUAGAAUAAAGGACGAAUUCGUAGGCAUGGGAUUAGACGCUGGAGAAUUACAGCGUGAUAAGCUGAAAAAUCAAGUACUACCAUGCAAUUUCGAUGAAUUAUUGUGCAAUGAAAGUAGAUAUCGAGCUCUUGCCAACGCUUUGAAUGUACAAGAUAAAUGGAAGAGAUUAGCAGUGCCAUGCAAAAUGCAGCAUCUACUAUGCUUAUGGAAUAACGCUGAUGAUAUGCUGGAGUAUAUGCGCAAAAACAUAGAUUACGAAACGUUUGUGUCGUCGUUAGAGCUUAUAGAUAAGAAAAUAUUAAAAUUACUACAAGAAGGAUAAAUACGGAUAUAUGCACAUACCAUCCUACUUGUAUCUAGAAUUACGUUUAUAUGUCUAAAUUAUAGGUAUUAGAAAAUAAAAUAUACCUGCUUACGUAAAUAUUAUGUGUGCAUUUCAUACGUAGAA